CUAAUUUGCAAUUAUAGAACACGAACUGAUAGACUGACGACUGCAGUAGUUCGAAGCGUAAAUUCGGCAAUAUUCAACGACCAACGUAUUAUAAAAACGUGUAAAUUUUAUAUAACAUUGUUUGUGUUUGUUAUUUUACAAUGCCAAAAUGUCCAAGUUCAAAACAGUCCAUCACUUAGAAAAUGGAUUGAACCGUAUAACAAAUCAGAACUGAUGCGGAAAUCAUCAUUUGAUUGCCAUUUCUUAAUGUCGCUAUAUUUUAUUCUUCGAUUGGCGUCGCCGACAAUUGAACAAUAUAUAUGGGUCACAAUGACGUAUGAUGCAGCAUAAUAUCGGAGGGCGAAGGAACGCAAGCACACGCCACAGAGGAGCUGAGCCAGUCAAUCAUUCUCUAACGCCCUCGCGUAACACUUGCCGGUUAGGGUGCGAGUAACAGCUACGCACGCCACAAAAUAAUAUUAUUAUCAUGUUAAUAUUAUAAUACCUAUACCUACGUUUUUCUCGGAGAGAUUAAAUGUAUUUUUGACUCGUCGAGCUGGAGUGGACUUGACAACGCGCCGAUACAGACAUUUCAACGGUUCUUCGCAUCUAGACAAAUACAUGUGUACAAUUUAGUUAUGAAGAAUUGGAAUACAAAUAAAAUAUCCAGUGCUAUUAUAACUAAACUUCUAAUUUUCCUUUAUGUUAUCAACUCUCAAUUUAGGUAUUCAAAAUGCUUGGAAUUCAGAGAUAUUCUGCCAGAGGAUGCAAAGCAAUAUGAUAAAAUGAGACCACCCAAAAUAGAUGGCACAGCAACAAAAGUUCAUUUUCAUGUUACGGUGAUGGGCUUAGAUUCAAUCGAUGAAAAUGCAAUGACAUACGCUGCUGAUAUUUUUUUUGCUCAAACAUGGAAGGAUCAUAGGCUUCGCUUACCGGAAAAUAUGACUUCCGAAUAUAGAUUAUUAGAAGUCGAUUGGUUAAAAAAUAUUUGGAGACCGGAUUCGUUUUUUAAAAAUGCCAAAGCCGUUACAUUUCAAACGAUGACAAUUCCAAAUCAUUACAUGUGGCUUUAUAAAGACAAAACUAUUCUCUACAUGGUCAAAUUAACGUUAACAUUAUCGUGUGCAAUGAACUUCAUGAUAUAUCCACAUGAUACACAAGAAUGCAAACUUCAAAUGGAAAGCUUGUCUCAUACUACUGAUGAUAUGAUAUUUCAAUGGGAUCCAGAGGUACCGUUGGUUGUUGAUGAAAACAUUGAACUGCCUCAAUUACAGUUAGUCAAGAAUCAAACUGCUGAUUGCACUCAGGUUUAUUCCACUGGAAAUUUUACAUGUCUUGAAGUUAUUUUUGUUCUUAAACGAAGACUUGGAUACUAUCUGUUUCACACUUAUAUUCCUACAUGUCUUAUCGUCAUAAUGUCUUGGGUUUCGUUUUGGAUUAAACCUGAAGCUGCUCCAGCCCGUGUGACAUUGGGUGUUACGUCUCUAUUGACGUUGUCUACACAACACGCUAAAUCUCAAGCAGCGCUGCCUCCCGUUUCAUAUCUAAAAGCAGUCGAUACAUUUAUGUCAGCGUGUACAGUUUUCGUAUUUAUGGCUCUCAUGGAAUAUUGCUUGGUGAACAUAGUGCUUGGUGAUUCCGACAUGCCACCAAAACCAUUAAAUAAAAAAUCGUUUAAUUUCAGCUUCAGGAGCAACUUGAAGUUAAACGACGGCCACUCGAUCCCGCCUCCCCCGCGUCCACCACCAGCAGCGACCGCGGCCGCAUUGGCUGCCACGACGGCCCUCGCACAGAGAAACCGCACCCGGGCCAUAAACAUCGAUCGGUUCUCUAGAGUGUUCUUUCCGUUGCUGUUCGCGGUGCUCAACAUGACGUACUGGAUCAUAUUCGCUCGGUUUAUAUAAUUCCAUCGCGCGGCAUGUCACCCCAUUGUCACCCCACACACCCGCUAACAAUAUCCAUCGUCAAAUUUACAAUACAACUUACACCUACUUUCGUUUACUAUCGCUACAGCGGUGUUUAUGUAUCAUAUACGAAACUAUUAGAGACAUAUAGUUACGUAUAGAGAGCCUUUAUAUACAAGCCUUUAUUAUCUAGGCUCUCUAUUGAUACGUAUAUAGACACAUAAAUACAGAUAAAAUACCUAUAAUAGUACACCUUGUGACCGUAACAGAUAAAUCUUAAUAAUAAUAAUUAAUAAUGGAUGCGAUUGUAUUUUGUGCCAUUUUUAGCUUACUUGUAAUAUGCGCCACCAAUAGGUUAGGUACAUUCAAGUACCUAUGUAAAAUCUGCGCCAAAAUAUAAAAUAACAACUUGUGGCGCCAGUACAUCUAAAUAUUAAUAAUUUUGGUAAUCUGCGCCACGACGGAAUACGAAAUGGCAUAUUAUGACAUUAUGUAAUCUACGCCACACUUUAAAUUGUUGGAAUAUACCUGAUAUACAUUUAUCGAGCUCACAUCAGUUAUAGAACAUAAAAUGUAAAUAAAUAUAACAUGGAAUAUUAAAAACAUGAGCAAUUAGACAAUUAAUUAUAAUAAUCCUGAUUUUUUACAUAUUUUAUCCUUCACUCAAAUAAUAUUAAUUUAUACACAAAAUACGUAUGUGUACCUCCAAUUAUAAAUAAAUAGCUUAAAUUAUUUUAUUUACAUAAUUAUGAACAUUUAAAUAACUUUCUAGAAAUGAACAUAAUUGAUGAAUGAUUUAAAAUAAAUAUUAAUAAGUAAAAAAAAAAUAUUAUUCAUUAUUUUAAUGUGACGCAAAUAAGGAAAUUACAAUUUUGAUGAGGUGUAAAAUGGCUCAGAUUACAAUUUGUAUAGAUACAAAAUUGGGCAGAUUACAUAAUGCCCUUUUAUAUCAGAUCCUAUGAGGCACAAAUUAACAAAGUUAAUUUUUUAGAUGUGGUGCAAAUCAGAUUUUCGUGUAAACUACAUAGGUACUACCGUAUUAUAAUGUAUUUUACCUAUAACGGCUGUAACACCUAAAAUACCUGUAGGCAAAUCAAUCGUUUAAAAGUUAUUGGUCGUCGCUGUGUUUAAAAUUGAAACGAUAAUGUUCGAAAAUAGAAAUAAUUUUUAUCUGUCAGUUAUUCAGUUCUCCGUUAAUUUCCCAUAGGCGUCAACCAUGUAAUCUUAUUGAACUGAAUAUCUUGAUGGCAGAUAAUUAAACGGAUCAAUACCUAUUUUUUAAAUUUAAUAGUAAAGUAAACGUUUCUUUAUUUUUAACAGCUGAUUAAAAACAAUUUCAACACGCAUUUGUGCCAAUAAUAAAAUCAAUACUUUAAAAAAUAAAGAUUUAAUUUUUUGAAAUUCUGUUCAGUCGAUCUGAAACCAUCAAAUAAAAUCACGCGUACAUCGAAAUGUAAUACACUGUAAUACCGUAUCCUACAACGUGUAUACUAUAAGGUAUCUCAAACUGCCAACAUAAAUGAAUACACAAUUCUAUGUAGGUAUAUAUUUUGAUGAUAGGCUGAUGUCAAAAAUAUCGUAAAUAUUCAAAAUAAAAUACAGUAAUACAUAGUUUCAAAACUGUUGGUUUAUAUAGCACCGAGGUGAUAUUAUGUUUUCGUAGAAACUAAUCAAACGGGAUCAUAACAGUUUUGAGAACCGCUAUAGUAGGUAGGUAUAGUGGUAUAUACCUACGUAUAAUAUAAGCAUAUAACUAAAACGAAAAGUUUUCAAUAAUUUUUUUAACCUGAUCGGCAAUAAUAAUUGAUCAAUCGCAUUUUUAUAAACCAUCAAUAGGUAGAUAAGAUGUAUGUUCGUUUAUGCGCGCGAUACGACGUACUAAAAAAUGUAUAGUUUUGACGCGCUCUAAUAUUAUAAGAACAAAUAAUAUUACCAGUGAAUAUUAGCUGCUACUCACCAAAUAUUACCUACUCACCACUACAGCGGCUUACCUAUAUACCAGGGAUUUAAAAACUUUCUAACGUCACGUGCCAACAAUUAUUUGAUUUUUUUUUUUUGAGCGCAAUUCAAUUUUGAAAAAAAAAUACCUAAAUAUUAUAUAUAAUAAUUAAAAAAAUAAUAAUAAAUAUAUUAAUAUUAUCUUAUAAUAAUAAGAAAAACAUUUAAAUUUAAACGUAUUGACUAUUAAAGAUUUAAUAAUACAAAUAAUUAACUAUCAACGUGUCCUCAACAUUUUUUCGCGUGCCAUAUAUGUGUGUUACGGAUUUGUCAUCCCUGUUAUAUACCUAUCCACGAUCCCGUGGCUUAUACCAACCGCAGUUGUAUAUAGUAUUACAUAUUACGCAUUAAUAUAUAUAUAUAUAUAUAUAUAUGUAGGUGCAUAUUAAGUCACAAAUAACUGGAGUGCUUAAGGGUGCUUACAAAUUCUACAUAAUAGCAUAGAUGUAAUAGAAUGUAUAAUAGCAUUGAGGAAUAGUUACCCACUCUUCAUCAUAUAAUAUUAUAUUAAAUAUACAAUAUUGUCCUAUAAAAUGUAUUUUUAUGUAUGCCUACUUCAGUUUACGUCAGAAAAAAUAUGUGUAUGGGGCGAUUCUUUUAACAGUAUUUACUCACCAUAUUGAAAAAUGUAAGUUACGUGUAAUUUUAAAAUGUUAUAUUUCCCUAAUUUAUUUUUCGUCAUCAUAUUAUUAUAAUGAUUCUUGAUUAUUAAACCACAGUAUAUAAUAUAUUUUAAUAUUUUAAAUGUCAUAGUCAGACAGGGAAUAAUUUUUUAUUAGAAAUAUUCAUGUACAAAAUAUUAAAUAAUAUUCCAAAUAAUAAUAUUAUUAUGAAUACCUAUUAAACUAAUAUAUUUAUUAAGUACCAAUGUUCUUAAGAGGAUGCCAUAUUGCCAUGCAAUAUUCAGUUUUUAAGAGGUUAGAUAUAGGCAAUUUUAAAUAUAUUUAAGUAGUAAUUCGAAGUUUGUAGGUAAUUUAUAAGUGGUCCUAUACUCCUACCAGACCUAGUACUGCGUCUGCACCAUGCUGUGUCACGCGGGUAAUAACCGAUAAGUCUGCAGAAGUAGACUAUAGUUAUAGACAAAAUCAAAGUCUCAUAAUAAAAAGAAAAAAAACUUUUCAGAAUAAUAUGACUGUUAUUUUUCGAUAUCAAGUUUGUGAAAAAAGUUAUCAAUGUUUGAUAAACAUAAAAAUAAUGGAUUUUAUAACAAAAUAUUUUACUUUUUGAAUUAAUAUGAUCUUAUAUAUUUAUGGAUAAGUAAAACGGUAUUGCACGAUCAAAGUUCUUCUCUUUUUAUGAUGAAAAUUUUGUUUUUUCACCACGGCUACCAAUAACCCAAGGGUGGUUCUUACCAGCGUGAAAUGGUUUUCAACAAACAAUUUAUGUGCGUGUGGCUUCCAAUUGAGAAUUUAAAGUGUAGGUAAAUGAGCUUGUACCCUACCGCUAUGUGUUGCUCAGCACGCUUAAGGCCUUUUAUAAGCAUGCUUAACACUUGUAGAUUGUUUACUAUUACACGGUGUCCAUUAUAAGUAUAUCACACAUUCACACCACUUUCUUAUAUAUUUUAUAAAAGUUUGCGCACUCAAGAAAUCCAAUCCAAUAUCUUCAGAGUUAUAUUUAUCGUGACUACAGUAUGUAGGUACUGUAUAGGUAUACUGAGAAGUUGGGGGCAUCAUUCAAAUCGACGAUAUGACUACGAUGUUUUGACAGAUACUAGAUUACGUAUACCUAAUCGUCAAUCGUCAACCGACGGAAAUAGUUGUGGACUUACAAAAACUUUUGGUCUCAAAUUCCAAGCUGUAGAUAUCUUAAAUUAUUAAAUUAUUUCCAGAAAUCUUAUGCAGAAAUCGUUUGGAAGUAAUAAGUCUAACACCCUAAAAUUGUCCAUCAAAUUUUGCUGCUAUAUAAUAGCUUUAUACCUAGCCUAAAAACAAUAAUAAUGAUUACCAUUGUACCUUUAGCAUUAAUCCGUAUAUUCAAUUCCAGUACAUUGGAAUUUUUAAAAUACUGUUUCCUAUUUAGACAUAUCCACCGUCAAUUUUGUUUGGUACAAAAUUAAUUUUCUAUGGAUUCAAUCCAUUAUUGGAUUGUUCUCCUAAAUCCAACCGUGCAAUAAAUUCCAUGAUCCUACUAAUAUUUAUUUUGCGCGCAAUCUAUUGCAGUAAGUAUAAUAAUGUAUGUAUGUAUCUAUGGUCCGUGUACAGUAUCUAGUAGGUAUGGUGGUAACUGGUAAGCCACAAAUGCCCAAAAUUCACAAAUUAAUAACAUCUAACAUCUGCAGUAGGUACAUGAUACAUGACUUGUAUAAUAAUAUACAUGAAUAUGAUAAUAUGUUGAUCAAACAGAACACAUUUUUUGACGAUAUAAUAUUUAUAGAGACAUAAUGUUAUUAUAUUAUUGUAGUACUUAGAUUAUAUUAUAUAAUAAUAUAUACACUAGGAAUAGAUGAUAAUAUUAUUGAAAAUUGGAACACAAGAAAUUAAAAAUGUAUACAUUUCAUUUAAUGAUAAUAGUUAUAAUUGAAGGUACUUUAUUCGAAUGUUCUAUUAAAAACUUAAAAUGUCCAAAUUUCUAAAACUUUAGCAAUGUAAAAUGUUUUUAAGGUUGUACACAGUUCCAUUUUAAAUUAUGGUUAUGGCAAUUAUGGAAAUGUAGAAAUGUACGUUAUGAUGAUGAAUAAAUUAUUUAUUGUAACUAAAAUAAAUAGAAAUGAUUUUUUUUUCUUACAAAAAUGUUCAUUGUUCAUCCUUACGUUUUAUUAAAUUUAAAAAAUAAUACAUAAGUAUACAAAUGUACAAUACUUCGUUUGAAUAUUAUAUUAAAUACCUAUAAUAGAUAUAAGUAUAUUUCACUAUAAAAAUGUUUGUUUAAAUAAACAUGAUUACUUACUUACCUAUGUAUAAUUAAGCAUUAAGCAAUAAACAUGACUUUUAAAAUCUU